AUGAGUGUAAAACUCAUCUGGGUAUUCUUCAAUGCCAUCUUUUUGUUUCUUCUAGUGGCCAAUUCAGAAGAAGAAGGGACGAUCAAGGCCCUGGUCACAUUCAUGGAUAAAUUGGCACCAGGGUAUGUACCAACAGACCCUUCGUGGGGUUGGAACCUUUCGUCAGAUCCCUGCAUUGAUAAGUGGUACGGUGUGAAGUGCCAUUCAGAUAACAAAUACGUUAUGAGUGUGACUCUUGAGAAGUUCAAUUUUGGUGGAGGUUUUGACGCCGGUUCUCUUUGCAUUACAAAGUCUCUUCAAAUGCUUAGCCUGAAGGACAACGAUUUACAUGAUUCGAUACCAGAGGAUAUAGGAAACUGCAAGUCAUUGACUCACUUGUUUUUAAGUGGGAACCAAUUCUCUGGGGACCUUCCUAUUUCUAUUGGCAAUCUAAGUAACAUAAUACGGCUUCAUAUUUCGGAUAACAAGUUAACUGGAGAGCUACCUAAAAUGGUUCAUGUUUCAAGUUUGAUAUCCUUCGUUGCUCAAAACAACAACUUCACUGGGGAGAUUCCUAGUUUUGACUUCUCCAACCUUAAAGACUUUAAUGUCUCUAAUAACAAUUUACAUGGUCCAGUUCCUGAUGUCGGAGGUAAAUUCCAUGCAGACAGCUUUACUGGGAAUCCUAACUUAUGUGGGGAGCCACUUUCAAAUGCAUGUUACUUAGUCCUUGGUUUGAUUACGCUGAUUUUCUUGACCUUUAAACUGUUAUGCAAGAUCAAGACUAAAGAAAAAGUGUUGGAUGUUGAAAAGAAGGAAAAGGCAGAAGAAAGUGUUGGUGUUGUUGGCAUGGCUAGUGAAAUAUCCCAUUCCAAUGGAUCAAAGAAGUACAUUGGGAUCAGAUCGGAGUAUUCAUUGACAUCUUUGGAAAGUGGGAUGACAACAUCAGGUCUUGUUCUUCUUUCAAGUCGAACCCUUAGAGGAUUGCAAUUUGAGGACUUGCUUGGUGCUCCUGCCGAAUUGAUUAGAAGGGGAAAGCAUGGAAGCCUCUACAAGGUUAUGCUCGAUAAUGGGGUGCAGUUGGCAGUGAAGAGGAUUAAGGAUUGGGGGAUUUCUAAGCAAGAUUUUCAGACAAGGAUGAAUUUGAUAGCCCAAGCCAAGCAUCCACGCGUAUUGCCACCUGUUGCAUAUUAUUGUUCUCAGCAAGAGAAGCUCCUAGCAUAUGAAUAUAUGCAGAAUGGUAGUCUCUUCAUGUUGCUCUAUGCUGGAUCUGAAAGUGGCCUCACGUUUGACUGGGGAAGAAGACUAAAUGUUGCUGCUAAGAUAGUUUCGGCUUUGACAUAUAUGCAUGAGGAGUUUGUUGAUAAUGGAAUAGCACAUGGUAACUUAAAGUCAAAUAACAUUUUGUUUGACAAGAAUAUGGAUCCAUGCAUAAGCGAAUAUGGCUUAAUGAUGGCAGAAAAUUAUGAUGAGUUUGUCAUUUCGCAUAACAAAGGCAUCAAAAGCAAAGAUCUAAUUGCAGCCACCUUCAAAGCUGAUGUGUAUGCCUUGGGUAUGAUACUUCUGGAGCUGUUGACAGGGAAAGUGAUUAAAAAUGAUGGAUUUGAUCUAGUUAAAUGGGUGGAUUCAGUGGUCAGAGAGGAAUGGACCAUUGAAGUUUUUGACAAGUCCCUAAUCUCACAGGGUGCUUCGGAAGAGAGGAUGAUGAAUCUGUUGCAGGUAGCAUUAAAAUGCUUAAAUCCAUCUCCAAAUGACAGGCCAAGCAUGAGCCAAGUUGCAGUGAUGACAAAUGCUUUGAUAGAGGAGGAAGAAAAAUCCAUAUCCUUUGACACAUGA